AAAUCAAGAAUUUUAAAGUAUUUUUUUAUUUUUUAUUUUCGAUAAAAAUUUUGAUCCAAAAUAUUUAUCGAAAAAACAAACAAACAAACAAAAAAGCAUCUUUUGAAUUAACACAUAAAAUAUGUAAUGAUGAGAAAGCAAAGUAAAACAGGUAAAGAUAAAUUGGAAAAUGUACAAACAACCACCGCAGCUGCCUCGUUAAUCGAUCCAACAUCAACGACGACGACGACAGAAUCAAUCGCUAGUACGACAGCAGCCGCAACAACAACAAUCGCUUCCGCAGCAUUAAGUCCUAGUUCACCUGAAUCUGAAUGUCAAACUAGUUCAUUACCUGGUGUGGUUGGCGGUCAAACAUCAUCAUUAUCGAUGGCAACAACAACAACAGCAACGGCUAGUUCAUUUAUUUGUGAUGAACCAAUACCGCCACCAAGUCCAUUUGAUCAACCAUCAACUAGUCGUGAUUUUCCAUUCAAAGAUAAAAAAUCAUCAAUAAGUUCAUCAAGUGAUUUUGGUUCAAAACCAAAACAGGUAAUGAUACAUUCACCUGGCCAAACAAAACCUAAACCAGCAACCACCCGGAAAAAACCAUCAAUACAAAGUGGUUUAGAUGUUGAUAAAAAAAUACAAAAAUGUAAAGAAGAUGGUUGUAAAAGUUUUGAUCUGACUAAAUCAAAUUUAUCAUCAUUACCUGUAUCGAUACGUGAUUUAACACAAUUAGUUGAAUGUUAUCUUUAUCAAAAUAAGCUAAUAACAUUACCAAAUGAAAUUGGUUGUUUGGUUAAUUUGGAAAAAUUAGCAGUGAAUGAAAAUUCAUUAACAAGUUUACCUGAUAGUCUUUCAAAUUUAAAACAUUUAAAAGUAUUAGAUCUGAGACAUAAUAAAUUGAAUGAGAUACCUGAUGUUGUUUAUCGUUUAACAUCUUUGACAACAUUAUUAUUACGUUUUAAUCGAAUACGUACUGUUAGUGAAGAAUUAUCCAAUCUAACGAAUCUAACAAUGUUAAGUUUACGUGAAAAUAAAAUAAAAGAAUUACCUGGUGGUAUUGGAAAAUUAAUACAAUUAGUUACAUUGGAUGUUUCAAAUAAUCAUAUUGAACAUUUACCAUCAGAAAUCGGUAAUUGUAUACAGCUAACAACAUUAGAUGUUCAUCAUAAUGAGCUUGUUGAUAUACCAAACAGUAUUGGUAAUUUAAUUAAUCUUUCAAGACUUGGUUUAAGAUACAAUCGCCUUAUAUCAGUGCCAAGGUCGUUAAGCAAUUGUGUAAAAUUAACUGAAUUUAAUGUUGAAAAUAAUUCAUUAUCACAAUUGCCGGAUGGUCUUUUAUCUAGUCUUUCGAAUUUGUCAACAUUAACUUUAUCAAGAAAUAAUUUUACAUCAUAUCCGAUUGGUGGUCCAUCACAAUUUUGUACUGUACAUUCAAUCAAUAUGGAACAUAAUAAAAUAACAAAAAUACCAUUCGGUAUAUUUUCAAGAGCUGCCAAUUUAACUAAAUUAAAUAUGGUUGACAAUCAAUUAACAUCAUUACCAUUAGAUAUUGGUACAUGGAUUAAUAUGGUCGAGCUUAAUCUUGGAACAAAUCAGCUGCCAAAAAUACCCGAUGAUAUUGAACAUUUAGAAAAUUUAGAAGUAUUAAUUAUAUCAAAUAAUAAUUUAAAACGUUUACCAUCAACAAUUGGACGAUUAAGAAAAUUGAGGAUAUUAGAAUUGGAAGAAAAUCGUUUAGAAUCAUUACCAAAUGAAAUUGGUUAUCUAAGCGAAUUACAACGUUUAGUAUUACAAAAUAAUCAAUUAACAUCUAUACCUAGAGCAAUAGGUCAUCUAACUAAACUAACUUAUUUAAGUGUUGGUGAAAAUAAUUUAACUACACUUCCUGAAGAAAUUGGUACAUUGGAAAAUUUAGAAUCAUUAUAUAUAAAUGAUAAUCCAAAUUUACAUUAUCUUCCAUUUGAACUUGCACUUUGUGCCAAUCUACAAAUAAUGAGUAUUGAAAAUUGUCCAUUAUCACAAUUUCCAACCGAUAUUGUUAAUGGUGGUCCUUCAUUAGUUAUACAAUAUCUUAAAAUGAAAGGUCCUUAUCGUAUGUGAUAUUCAUUUCAAAAUUUUAAUUCAACAAUUUAAAACAAAAACAAAAACGACAUUUGUAAAUCCUCAUCAUCAUCAUCGUUAUUUCAAUUCAUUCAUUCAAUAUACGAUUCCUGAAAUGGAAAACACCGAUCAAGAC